CCACUUCUGACUUCACUGACCUGAUAACUGAUAAGAUUCCUGAAUAUUGAAUUUGAAAUUUGAAAAAUGAAAAUAAUCCAUGAUCGUGAAAUUUUUCAUUUUAUAAAAUCUUCGUUUGUAAAAACAAUUGGGCAAGUAAUGCUUUGCUGAUAGAACAACCCUCUUCUUCGUGUUGAAGAAUCAGCUCGACUCGAUUACUUCUUUCUACCAUCUCACAGCUGACUUGGCAAUGGAUUACGAUGCAGAUACAGAAAAACUCAUAAACCACUUGUUUCCUGAUGGAGUACCCGAGCAAUACCAAGAUAAUCCAGAUUUCAUCAAAUACCUUCAUAAGUUGGGAACUCAGAAUAUCGAUCAACUACGUAAAGAGAAGAAAGCUCUAGAUGAUGAAACGACUUCUGUUAACAACCAACUUCGACAUCUGGCUUUAUCCAAUUACAAAUCAUUCAUUCAGACUGCCGAUUGUUCCCAUAGUAUUUAUAAAGAUAUAUGUUCGGUGGAAAACAAACUGCAAGCUUGUAUAAACGAAAUACCCAAACUUCUCGAAGAAAGUGACCGAUUUAUCAACGUUUCGACCGAUAUAAAGGAUAGAAAAGCUAAAAAUAAUAUGAUACUAUCGAAUAAUGGCGAAAUACUACAAAUAUUGGAAAUUCCUCAGUUUAUGAACACCUGUAUUCGUAGUGAAUUGUACGAAGAAGCUCUUCUGUUGACUUCGUUCGUUAAACGUUUAUCGAGUCAGCAUGGAGAUAUACCUUUGAUCGCUACUAUCGCCAAAGAUGUGGAUAAAAGUUGGUGGGAAUUGAUGCGUCAUUUACUGAGACAUCUGAGUACGGAUUUGUCGUUACCUAAAUGUCUACAGAUUGUUGGGUAUUUACGUAGGAUGAAUAUAUUUUCGGAAGUUGAACUCAGAUUGAAAUUUUUACAAGCUCGGAAUCAAUGGCUCGAUGCGUUACUUUCGGAUAUACCUUCUGAUAAUAAAAAUCAAUACCUGAGUUCGGUUAUCGAUCUAACUCGCGUGAAUAUAUUCAAUAUCGUGACCCAAUACAAAGCUGUGUUCACAGAUGAUGAAAUAAUCACUCGUCAAAAUGAUAUGAAAAAUUCCAUUUUCCAAUCGUGGCUCAAUAAACGAAUCAACGAUUUCUUGCUAACAGUGAACUCUUGUUUACCCGAAUGCUCUGCUAGUUCGUUGGAUUCUCUAUUAGACCAAUGUAUGUAUUUUGGCCAAUCGUUCGGUCGAAUCGGUGCUGACUUCAGAGGACUAAUUAUCACCUCGUUCGUUUCAACUUCGGAAAAUAAUUUCAAAUCAGCUAUUACCAAAGCCGAUCAGAAAUUCGAAUCGAGUAUGAAUAAAUUCAUGGUAUCGAAAUCGUCCAAAACUAACUCGCUGUUGCUGAAAAAUGAACUGGAAUCUGAUUCUCAGACCUUAAAUCCGCCCUUGGCUCUGCUCCAAUACCCUCCAUUGGCUGAAUACUGCAAUGCUAUAUUAUCAGCGUUCAAUGAUCUAAGAUUUUGCACUCCGAGCGGAUGCAUCGUAUCGGUGACCGAAACGUUACAAACGUCUUUGGAAAAUGUGGCCGGAGUUUUGGCCACGUAUUACGAUAAAGAGUAUAUUACCUGGUUGGAUUCCGAGAGGGAAGCGUUUGUGAAAUUUUGCUCGUGCUUUCACGAUGUUUUUUUGGUUUUUAUUCUACAAUGUAUGCAAGUUUUAUUCGAUCCGGUCAAAUUGGCCAAGUAUUUGGAAGUCAGCGUUUCGCAGCUGCAGGAUGAAAAAAUUGGAUUCAUUUGUGUCAGUGAUAUUAUUAAACCUUUGUCUAAAAUUAUUUGAAAAGAAAAUCGUGAAUAGAUCUGAGAAGUUAAAAUCGCUCAUUUUUGGGCUAAAAAAAGAACGAAAUUCAUUUUUUUGUUGUGAUGAAUGGGUAAAGUAAUGUUGUACGAAAGCAAUGCUGUGAUCAUUUCAUUUCAUUCUAUUUAAAUUGGAAAUAGAUUCGUUAUUAAUUGUUGGA